AUGACACCACCAUUCAGUUGCAGGACUCUCAUGGAUGUAGAAUACAUCCGAUUAGCAGAUCAGUAUGUUCCAGUACAGGGCGGUACAAACAACAAUAAUUACGCCAAUGUAGAACUUAUCCUGGAUAUAGCCAAGAGGACUCAAGUACAGGCUGUUUGGGCAGGCUGGGGCCAUGCUUCAGAGAAUCCCAAGUUACCAGAACUUCUCCAUAAAAAGGGAAUCAUAUUUAUUGGUCCACCAGAGGGAGCUAUGUGGGCCCUAGGUGACAAGAUUGCCUCCUCUAUUGUAGCCCUGACUACUAAGGUCCCUGCAAUGCCAUGAAGUGGAUCAGG